AUGUACUGCGUGAGCCGCGAUGACCCCGCGAUUGAACAAGGCCCGGAUGACAUCUUGAUGGAGGAAUCAUACUAUUUCUGCAUCCAGGGCGAUGACCAGUACGCCGUUGUCCCGUCAUUUGAUGACUUCUCAUGCCCGGACCCUAGAAAUAUCCCGUCGUCAUGGGCUUCAGCUCCAGCUCACCGUUCAACGACUCUCGACAUCCGCAUCCGCAACCCCACUUGCCGCAUCACGUCCUCCGCCGAAGCUCUUGACAACGCACACAUUAUACCAAUGGCGCAUGAAGCCUGGUGGGAGCGCAACCUCAUGUUGCAGUACACGGCGCGGGCAGGGGACUCUCAAUCAACAACGUGUCCCGAUAACAUGAUCCGCCUACGAACUGAUCUUCAUCGCCUGUGGGAUAGCCACUUGUUUACUAUUGUCCCUAAAGGUGAGUGUGUUCCUCAUGCAGAACACCAACCGGAAGCUUGUCCUUAUCUCGGAAGCGGGAACGACAAGUGUGUCUUAAAUGUCAGUGCGGAUCGGUGCAGGACGCUCUUCGGUAAGGCAAGGGCUCAAAGCGGGAGCCCUAAGAAGCGAUCGCGACUGCCGGACCCCAACGACGAGGACUUUACUGGGGCUGAUUCAAAAGAGAGUGAUUGGAGCUCGGUGGACUCGGAAGACGAAGAGGGUGAUGACUGGGAGACGGAGGCGGAGAUGCGAGGCCGAUCAAGGAAGCGAGAUCGGUCUCCGAGCCCCCCCUUGGGACAAGAGGCCAAGAACUCCAGACUAAUACUCUAG